GGCCGAUCAAGACUGAGAUGGAAAAGAAGACACCUUUUCAACGGUUGAGUAAACUACAAAUAGUCCGCUUCCGUCCCAUAUUGAAUCAAAAUUUCUCAAUCACAACCAUUUCUACCUCAACACUUCUCAAGCCUCAAUUUUCAAGUCCCCAACAACAACCAUUUCUGCCUCAACACACCUCUGGUCUCACUUCUCAAGUAUCUCCAACUUAUACAGUUCUAGUCCCUCUCAAAAUGCUUCUCUCAAACAUUUUUAUCAUUGCUGCCACUGCACUUGCAGUUUCUGGGGCCCAUCUUCCUGUCAAGCGCGACAUUAUCGAUCUCGGUAUUACUUCAGUCGGUAACGAAAACGAAGAGCCCAGCAUCAAGCGCGACAUCAUUGACUACGGAAUUCGGCCUGAAAACGACAACGACAGCCUCGGUGUGAAGGGUGAUGGUUUCGUCGGGGAAGGUGAAUUGUCCGACGGCACCAAGUUUAAGAAGUUCAAGCGCGGCGAAUUCGACAUCCUCGACUUCGGCGUCCACAACAUCACGGAAGACUUUCCCUUGAGCAAGCGCGACAGUGAUUGGAUCCAGUCCUGUGGCCCAAGGUCCGGAUGGAUGCCGGUGUACGACGUAGUGACUGGGAGUAGUCCUGGUAGCGGUUACAACACAGCGGCGGCAGCCUAUUGCUACCAUAUAACGCACUCGCUAGACAACCAGGCUACUGUGCUUGGUCACGGAAUGGCCACAUCAUCCAUUGUCUUUUCCGGAUAUGUCCUAAGCUCAGGGAAACCUGCGCAAGUCGCCUUCGUUAUCAAAAACCAGCAGGACGACGGAAACCACACUCCAGACUACAGUAACUGCAUCAAAUACUACCAAUACAUUACUGCCGAAAACAGCUCUUGCUACGGCAAGAAAAACAAGGACACCAAGGGAGGAACUUACCAACUUGGCAGCAAAGCGGUCAGCUACCGUGGCAUUCCAGGGACAGCGGUUAAUUAAGGAAUCAAGUGCGGUCGGUAUGAGAAGACAUCUGCGAUAGUCAACCAGCGUUGAUGGCAGACCGAACAAAGUUGAGGGUAUAGUUUACGGAUUUGAUGGAUCUCUUUUGUGGUAGGGGUUUCCAAGAACUGGCUGGAUGUAGUUUCUUAGGGGGUUGCACGAAGGAGAAGGGAUUUCUCUUCUGACUGGUUCAGUUCUACGGAUACAGGCUUUCCCGACUCCUGUCGGAAGGAUUCUGUGAUUGACUCUGUUCUCUUCUUUGAUUUUUGUUUCUCGCUCAUUUUCUUAGCUUGGCACCGCGGUGGUGGUUUCAUCUGUUCUUACUUCCGUAUCCGUACAUGCAUAGGCACGCUCUUUUAGACAUCCUCAGAAACAACUUAUUUAAAGCAAACCAACAUCUGGAGUGGUUUGAUUUCUAAUAGCGCACAGCGGCUGACGCGACUCUGAAUUCAACGAGCCCCCCAUCUGACCCUUUCCGAAGCGAGAUCGAAG